AUGUCGCCGGCCACAGGGGGUCCCACCACCGCCACUGCCGCCAUUGCUAGGGAGGUCACGCUGAGCCGAGAGUCAUGGGGUCCCAGUGACCCCAGCCACCUCCGCCGCCACUGGGACGACUGGGGUCCCCUCGACCCCACCGCCGCCACCGCCACCCCAACUACGGGCAGUCAGGAGGCCUGGGGUCCCCUCGACCCCCAAGCCUCAGUGGGACGGGGAGACGGGUCCGGGUGUUAUUCAUAUGUGGGCCAUCAGAGCCAAGCACAGUUAAUCUCCCUACAAAGAAAUGGUUGCUUGUACCUGUCGACAGUGCAGCACAAGGUUCUACAUGCUCUGGGCUUCCACCACGAGCAGGUCCGCUCUGACAGAGACCAGUAUGUGAGCAUCCUCACCCAGAACAUCUUGCCAGGGCAAGAACACAACUUUGUGAAAGUGCAGACCAACAAUCUGCAGACUUCCUAUGACUUCAACUCUGUCAUGCACUAUCCCAGAACUGCAUUCUCCCGUAAUGGGCAGCCAACAAUUGUUGCCAAGUCCAAUCCUAAUCUGGAUUUCGGACGUGCUACUCAGAUGAGUGCCAACGACAUUGCCCGUAUAAACAGGCUUUAUGGAUGCUGUGAGUAA